GGUGAUUUUCCCUUCCAAUUCAGGAAUUCAACCAAUAUUAUUUUUACGUCAAAACUUUUCCCGGGGUCAAUUUAUAUUUAUCUCUCUCUUCCAUAAAGUUAAAUUUCCCUUUGGCUGGAAGGGUUUAAGUUUGUCAAGAGGUACUUCUUCAAGGAAUGAGUAGUGAAGUUAUCUGAGUCUGAUAAGACAGCCUUAGUGGAUUCUGCACGGACCAGGCUUGUAUUCAACGUUCUGGGGACACUUCCUUGUGCCUUCAUGCGCCCUAAAUAACCAGUUGCUGCGCCGAAUUUCGAGCAUGGAGAUUAGAGAUGAGAUUCGAAGUCGUUCGGCAGGUUGGCGACUUACUGCAGUUCGAAUGAAAUCAUUUCAAUCAGCGAGAUGACGAGAGAUCUAAUUCAGAAACGCACGCGACGAUCCGGUCCAAAGGUUAAAACAGGAUGCGGAACUUGCAAAACCAGGAGAAUCAAGUGCGACGAGGCCAAACCGAGCUGUUACCGGUGUUCAACGACCGGACGAAAGUGCGAUGGGUAUAGUAGCGAUAUUGUGAUAUCCAGCCAAGCUUUCAAGGACUGUAUAAACCUCAUUCAACGAAUCUCCGUCCACGUACCCGGGAACGCUGAGGAAAAAAGAGGCUUCGACUUUUUUCUUCGGAAUACAGCAGCGGAGUUAUCUGGAUACUAUGAUUCUUCAUUUUGGGGAAACCUUGUACUGGCUGCUUCUACACAAAAGCCUUCUUUACGGCACGCCGUGGUAGCACUAGGAGCCCUGCAUGAAGACUUCUCACAGAAGAGGCUGCACUCCGCCCCAUCAUUGGAGAACCAAAGAGCCCAAUUGGCAUUAAAUCAGUACUCGAAAGCCAUAGGAGCACUGCGGAGGUCUUUAUCACAAGGGAAGGAGGAACCGCUCACGGCGCUCAUGUCCUGCAUACUGUUUGUCUGCUUUGAUAGCCUGCGGGGCCAUUAUGAAUCAGCAAUGGUCCAUCUUCAAAGCGGGCUUGGAAUUUUGCGGGACAUGAGGAAGUUGUCUACGGGGAAUCAUAUCAUCGAGGAGAAAAUUACUCCUCUUUUCAGAAGACUGUCAUUGCAGUCUAUCAUUUACGUUGAGACGAAAAGCUUGCAUGAUAAGAUGAGCUUUGUUGAAAAGUUGAUAGAUAUCUCUGGAAAAGAUAUUGUAAUUCCCGAAGAGUUUAAAAGUAUAGAAGACGCUCGGAAUGCUUUAGAUCAAGCCACAGAUGGUUUAUUUAGGACAUUCUAUAUGUUAGAUCGCGCUAUACCUAUCAUUUUACAACCCACAGAAAGCCUCGCUGCGUUUGAAAAAUACACAUCCCAGUUAUUUCUUUGGAACCUUGCAUUUGAAAAAUUUAUGUUAUCCAAAAGCGAGGAUCUCACCAGCAGGGAACUGCAAGGUGCCGCGCUCAUGAAAAUACAUCACACGACGGUGAAAAUCAUGGCUGGCAUGUUUCCUGACAUCAGUGAUAUGUCGGUUUUGAUUGAAAUGGUGGACACUGACAGCUUCUUGAAUUAUUUGGACGACUUUCAAAUUAUUAUCGACUUGUCAAGAUCGCUAAUUGUAGCUGCGGAACAGGAUAUGAUGAAUGGAAGACCGUCGCUUACUUUCAGCAGUGAUUUUGGCGUUGUGGGGCCGCUUUAUUACGUCUGUAUCCAUUGUCCUACUGUUUCCAUUCGAGAAACGGCAAUGGAACUCUUGUUACGAUGUCCGCGACGAGAAGGGAUGUGGAAUAGUGCAAUUGUCGCUCAGAUGAUCCAACAAUUCUGGGAACUUGGAGCAAGGCACAAAGAAUCGCAAAAGAUAGGUUUCGAAUUAGAUGAAUUUGGACUGCCAGUGCCUUUCAACGACCGGGGAUCUGUUCACUUUGCAUUUUUCGGUCGAUCAACAGAAGUGAACACAACCGACCUCUCCCAAUCUACUCCUGCAGAUGUUUCUCCUUCCGAGCCAGUGAGAUUUCCACCAUCUUGGGGAUUGUGAUCGAAUUUAACGACGCACAGGAAUACGACACGUCAAGAUACAGAAGCGGACGCCCUGACUUUGCUGGAAGAAGGAAUUGCAUAGGAAUAUGGUCUGCACGGACACAGCAUUGAUUCAAUACGUCAAUCUGAAUGACACACGCUAGUACUUGGUUGAUUCUGUCUAUAUGAGCCUACCGUGGCAUCGAGGUUGUGAAGAAUAUGAGUAAAAUGUAGUAUCGCGAGAUAACAGUCAAUGUACUACUGAGCAGAUGUGUACACGGGAACUAAGAGUUCGAAAAACAUGUUAAAUAUAGCACGUUCGGCCAUAUUUGGAAAAGAGUAAAAUAUAAUAUUUCUCUGCGUGCGCGGGAUCAGAAAAAAGGCCAUUGGGUGCGAUUAAGCGGCGGAGGAAAGAUAAAGCGGUACUCGGCGGCAUCACUGAAACGAUUAAUAGCAUUGUCAGCGGCUGUAGUUCUCUCGCUGCAUAUUUAUUUACUCAUGUUAAAAUAGCUUUAGAAUAAUGAUAUACUGAUCAAACCUUGGUAGAUUUGCGAGGUGCGAAUUUAGGCCACUGAUGUCUUAGGUUCAUUUCUUGAUAUAGGAAUAACGAGCCUUCUCA